AACAAUCCCAUAAUCCUAAUUUCAAUAGUUAGUUCCAAUAAAAUUCUAAUUUCAAUAAUCCCAUAAUCCUAAUUCCAAUAUUUAGUUACAAUCAAAUAUUAAUUCCAAUAAUCCCAAAUACUAACGCACAUAUCAUAAUAGAUUUGGUACAAAUUAAACAUGAAAUUCGAAUUAAACCUAAUCAAACCAAGUUCAAAAAAUUCAAAUCGAACAAAAUCCAAGAGAGUGUGUGGGUGAAAGAAAGGGUGUGUGAGUGUGUGUCAUGCAUUCUGGGGUGUGGGUUGCUUUGUGUUUGUCGUGUGUGUGUUUUGUGCGAUUGUGUUUGGUGUGUGUGUGUUAUGGGUUUAGAGGAAGAGGGUGAUUGUGUUGUGUGUGUGAGUUUUUGGGAAAGGGGGGAUGUUGGGUAUAUUUUUUGGGCGGUGGGUUGUGUGGAGAGAGAAUGUGUUCUUGGGGAGUGGGUUACACAUAAGGGGAAAAAAGGGGUUUGCAUAGAAGGGGAGCUUGGGGGGAGGGGCGAGAUGUUCUUUGUGUGUGUUCUAUGUGUGAGUGAGAGAGAGAUGUUAGAGAGGAGCAUAGAAGAUGGAGACAUACCUGGCAGGGGUCUGGCGGAGGCAAUGGCGGUGUGGAUAUGGAGGUGGCAUAACAUAGAGUGAGAAAAGAGUGAAAAUAGGGACUUGAAAAGGGCGAAAAAAAAAAGAAGGGAUGAAGUACAACUGUAGAGGGGUGGCAUGGUUUUCUGACAGAGGAGUGAGGGCAAUGAGGUGCGAGAGGAUGGAAUG